AACAUUCAAUGGCAAAGCGUAAAAGACGAAACUGAUAAGUACUGGUAACUGCAGGACACAUUAAUAAUGUCUGCUUUGUACAGCACAAGUCCAGCAUUUGUCAAAUUCGGUAUCACACCACUCGACUAUGAAUGAAAACGAGGCAAUUCGAACUGAAUGUAUAAUUUGCAGUACCACACUAUGAGCAGAGUCUGGAGAGCAGUGAACAGAUUAGCUGGCAAGUUUGACAGAAAAGCUAAGGGAUUCAAAAAUGGCAAGGGAUGGCCAGUCUAUUUUGUGAUGCCUGCUACAUUUCUUGGAUCAUUCUUCAUUCCGAAGUCAUUCAUUCAAAGUCUUAUUAAGAAACGAUAUGGCUUAAUGAAUGAUGAAGAUAUAAAUGAGAUCCCAGAGGAAACUAGGACUCUUCUGCAAGAAGUGUUAAAGGACUUGAAGGAAUCAGAAAUGAAUUUUCCUGUCAAGCUUUUGGAUUACCCCUCGCAAGACCUAGCUCUCUACAAAUGUAAAGGAGAUGAGAUUGUCAUACACAGACUUGUUGAUAUUAGAUCUGUGGCUUUAAGAGUGUUAAUAGGAAUCCCUCCACACCUGUUAAAUACCACCCCAGGUGAACAAUCCAUUCAGAAUUCACCAGCUUUUACUGGAAAUCCCUCUGAGACUUCAUUUAGCUCACCCAGUUUUAUGCAGCCAUCUUCUUCACUUUCUCAACUGAAAGAAAAUGAAUCAUCAGAUUUGUUGAAAAAUGUGAACUCCCCCAUUUCUUCUUCAAAGUCAACAAACUCAUCUAUAGGGACCUUGAAGGACUCUUUUGUAGAAAAAGAAAAUUACUCUCAAAGAGAAGUGGAACAAGAAGAAAGUGAAAAAUCUGAGAUUCUUGACUGUCUGUCGGAUAUUUCCAGAUGGGAGAAAAAAUUUGUGAUUCUUCGAGAAAUAUUGUUAUCAAGACAGCAUUUCAGAGAAGAGGCUGUGUUUUAUAUAAUUUUGAUAUUUUUUAUUUUGUCUUCCUAUUUGGCACCUUUAUACUACACACUGAUUUAUUUGAAUAUCCUCACUGUCAAUGGUUUGAUUUUAAAAUAUCAUAGGUGUAAUGGUAAAGUAAUUAGGAGGAGAGGUCAUGAACAAGCGUUCAAAAUCCUCACGUCGAGUGAGCUCAAAAAUCAUUCUAACUAUGUAAUGGCCGGCAGAAAAUACUGCAUGAGGAAACUUAAACAAAACUGUAAUAUGUACAAACUUCAGAGAAGGAAGGCCGAAAACUCUCUCAAGGACAAAUUCCAGUUGCUUGUGAAUGUUGCUUUCCAUCGCUUUGUACCAAACUGUGAAAAUGUGUACAACUGUGCUGGAGGGAUUAGAGCUUGGCCCGUAAACUAUUUCAACAACGAUUUCUUUUGGGCUUACCGCAUGCAGAAACAUGUGAAAGAGUUAAACAGUAUAACUGAGAAAUAGGUGAAACAUAAAUAGAUUUAAUUGAUUUACACAAGGUUGUACUUGAGGAAAUUG